AUGUCGGAUUAUGAACCUAAUUAUGCUGUGGUAGAGUUUCUUGACGAACUCGUAAAGUCCAAAAAAUGUGUGGAAUUAGUGCCAAUUUCAUGGUUACGUGAUGAUGACAUGUGUUACUAUCCUGAUAAGAAAAACUAUAAAUAUAUUAAGCAAUUGGUACAACAACAACGUGCACCUGAGAAAAAUUGGACAUUGUAUGAGGUUUCUAUUCUUUCAACAACUGAUGAUUAUGAUCAAGGAAUUAGACGAUUAAAAAGAUCAUUAAAAACAAAAAAUGUUAAUACUUCAGAAGAUAGUGAAUCACAGUCAAUGAAAAGUAAAGAACCCAUAGUACUGAAAUCUUCGGCUGUGACCAAAGCUUUGUCAACGUCGCGUCCAUUAUUUAAGAAAACGACGUUAAGACAAAUGAAAGAGAAAGUAUUCAUGUCAGAGGAAGAUGAUGAGUCCCACGAUGAAGAAAGAAGUAGCAACGGUGAGAAAAGAGAUGAGAAUGACGGUAUUAAUGUUGAAGCUAAUUCACCCGAGCCAUUAUCACAGACAAAUUCUAAUAAAGAUUCAGCAGAUUUAUUGGAAGCCUUAAACGAUUUAAAAAAAUGUUUCCAAUCAGAGAUAAACAAGAUGAAGAAAAGCAUCAUGUAUGAAUUAAAACAGAAUCUAGAUGAAAUGAAGUCAAUAGCUGUAACCCAGCAUCCUCAUGACUCUGACCGACCGCAUUAUUGGCAAGUCAUUGGUACAGACUUACCAUUUAACAAUUUAACUGAAUUUUUAGAGUUUGAGACAAGUUUAGAAUCUGAUGAAUCCACACAAAAUGCGUUGAAAGAUGUUUUUCGAGUCGCUACUGUUGGAUCGAAUAAUUAUAUCAAUGAUGUUGCCGCAAUCAUAAAAAAAAUAAUUACCAAAGAUGUUCAACUGAAAUACAGCGGUUGUGGUAGAAAGGUUCAGGAAGUUGGAAAGCGCAGCUUUCAAAAUACUCGAGUAUUCAAAUUCAUGAGCGAUUUUCUGAUUCAGAAGUAUGAAAAAAGUGGGGAGAAAUUAAAAAUACUUACGGCUGUAAGUAAUUUCUUAUCAGGCGCAAAAGACAGAGAAGAUGGUCGAGCACAGCGCGAAAGGAAACCGCAAAAUAAUCAACCAGAAAUUAUUUGA